AUGGGUGAUUCUCUUGAGAUGACAUCGAUGAAGGAAGAACGACAAAUUGAAACAAAAGAAGAAGUAAAAUGUUUGCUUUUGAGUAAAUCAUCUGACGUUAAAGCUAUGAUUCAAAUCACUUUAAAUAAGGGAGCAGGCUUCAAAAAAAAUUACCUAAUUUAUGGAGGGGAAAAUGAAAUCAAUAUUUUGUUGAAGAAAGAAAAAAAAACUUGA